AUGGGCCCGGCGGGCUUCUGGGAGCGCGCCACGUGGGUGCUGGCCGGGGGCCUCCUGGCGGUGGCCCUGGCGCCAGGGGGCCGAGGCUGUCUCGGCGCCAGCUCAGGUCCCCGCUGGUGCCCCCUCGGCGCGCAGCCACCCCGGGAUCCCCCGGUGGCUCCCGGGUCUGGGCCCGGCCUAGGGAGCGGGGCGGGGCCCGAGAGCAGCACGCAGGACUUGCCCUAUAUGAUUUGGCCCAACAUGGAAUGCUGUCACUUUGAGACUGCAGUGGAAGCACCACUUGGACUGAAACUGGACAAGAAAAUGGAAGUGUGUAUCCCACUGUCAACUUCUGCAGCCUCUAGUGGGCCCUGGGCUCAUUCCUUUUUUGCUUUUAUACCCUCCUGGCCUAAGAAGAACUUAUUUAAAAGAGAGUCUCCGAUAACACACCGCCUGUAUGGGGACAUUUCAAGAGAAGUUCAAGGGACUUCUGAGAAUGGAGUAAUUUUUCAGAAAUGUGCACUGGUGUCCGGGCCGAGCGAAGCACAGACAGCCCACAUAUGGCUGUUAGUUAACAACACCAAGACACCCUCGUCAGCCAACCUCUCAGAGCUGCUCUUGCUGGACAGCGUCGCUGGUCUCACCAUUGGGGAAUCCAUCGGAAACAGAACCUCAGAAGGAUUCCAGGCUUUUAGCAAGAAGUUUCUGCAAGUGGGAGAUGCCUUUGCCGUCAGCUACACAGCCACGCUCCAGGCUGGAGACAUCUGGAAUGGAGAAAGCCUCAAACUUCCUGCCCAGCUCACCUUUCAGAGCUCGUCACGGAAUAGAACACAGCUGAAAGCACUUUUUACCAUAACAGCAGAAGAAAACAUAAGGGUUCUGCCAAACCAUGGCCUCCACGCUGCGGGGUUCUUCUCCGCCUUCCUUGUCUCCCUUGUGCUGACCUGGGCUGCCCUCUUCCUCAUGGUUCGCUAUCAGUGUCUGAAGGGAAACCUGCUCACCAGACGUCGGGUCUGGCGGCACGAGAGCAAGCUGGAACCCUUGCCGUUCACGUCAGCUGACGGCGUGAAUGAGGACCUUUCCCUUAAUGACCAAAUGAUAGACAUUCUGUCUUCCGAGGACCCUGGGAGCAUGCUGCAAGCGUUGGAAGAGUUGGAGAUCGCAACCCUGAAUCGAGCAGAUGCAGAUCUAGAGGCUUGUCGAACACAAAUCAGCAAGGACGUCAUUGCCCUUCUACUGAAAAACCUCACCAACAACGGCCACCUCUCACCCCAAGUAGAGAGAAAAAUGAGUGCUGUUUUCAAAAAGCAGUUUCUGUUGCUGGAUAAUGAAAUACAAGAGGAGUACGAUCGGAAGAUGGUGGCAUUGACAGCUGAAUGCGACCUGGAAACAAGAAAGAAGAUGGAAAACCAGUACCAGAGAGAGAUGAUGGCAAUGGAGGAAGCAGAAGAGUUGCUGAAACGUGCUAGUGAGAGGUCUGCUGUAGAGUGCAGCAACCUUCUGCGGACCCUCCAUGGCCUGGAACAGGAGCACUUACGGAAGUCUCUUGCUUUGCAACAAGAAGAAGACUUUGCCAAAGCUCACAGGCAGCUGGCUGUUUUCCAGAGAAACGAACUGCACAGUAUCUUUUUUACCCAGAUAAAAAGUGCUCUUUUCAAAGGGGAAUUGAAGCCAGAGGCGGCUAAAAUACUGCUGCAAAAUUAUUCUAAAAUACAGGAGAAUGUAGAAGAGUUAAUGGACUUUUUCCAGGCUAAUAAGAGGUAUCAUCUGAGCAAAAGAUUUGGCCACAGGGAAUAUCUGGUCCAGAACCUACAGUCAUCAGAGACCCGUGUGCAGGGCCUUCUGAGCACUGCCGCAGCCCAGCUGACCCACCUCAUUCAGAAGCACGAGAGAGCGGGGUACCUGGAUGAAGACCAAAUGGAAGUGCUGUUGGAACGGGCUCAGACAGAAGUCUUUUCAAUCAAGCAGAAGUUGGACAAUGACUUAAAGCAGGAAAAGAGAAAGCUCCACCAAAAACUAAUACUUAAGAGAAGACGAGAGUUGCUGCAAAAGCACCGGGAGCAGCGGAGGGAGCAGCUGUCCAUUGGCGAGGCCUUCCAGGCGGCCGAGGAUGCCGGCCAGUACCUGCGCCAGUGGAGGAGCCUGAUGGAGGACCACGGUGCCGCCCUGGAGGAGCUGCAGGAGCAUCUGGACCAGGCCGCCCUGGACGAUCUCAGGGCCCUGACCCUGUCGCUGUUCGAGAAGGCCACCGACGAGCUGCGGCGCCUGCAGAACUCGGCCAUGACCCAGGAGCUGCUCAAGCGCAGUGUGCCCUGGCUCUUCCUGCAGCAGAUCCUGGAGGAGCACGGCAAGGAGAUGGCCGCGCGGGCCGAGCAGCUGGAGGGAGAGGAGAGGGACAGGGACCAGGAGGGUGUCCAGGGCGUGAGGCAGAGACUGAAGGACGACGCUCCCGAGGUGUCCACGGAGGAGCAGGUGGAGCUGAGAGGCUGGGAGCGCCUGAUCUUCAUGAAGCUCUGCUCCUCAGUCUUCUCCCUGUCUGAAGAGGAGCUGCUCAGGAUGAGGCAGGAGGUCCAUGGCUGCUUUGCUCAGAUGGACAGGAGCUUGGCCCUCCCCAAAAUCCGGGCCCGAGUUCUGCUGCAGCGAUUUCAGACUGCGUGGCGAGAAGCAGAAUUCCUGAAGCUGGACCAGGCCCUGGCGGCCCCCGAGCUGCAGCCGCAGUCCAAGGUGAGAAAGUCACGAUCCAAGAGUAAAAGCAAGGGAGAGCUUCUGAAGAAGUGCAUCGAAGAUAAAAUCCACCUCUGUGAGGAACAGGCUGCUGAAGACCUGGCUGAAAAGGUCCGAGGUGAAUUGCUACAGGAGAGAGUGCAGCGGCUGGAGGCGCAGGAGGGAGGCUUUGCACAGUCUCUUGUUGCUCUGCAGUUCCAGAAGGCAGCCCGGGUGACCCAGACCCUGUCGGCCUACACUGCCCUCCUCAGCAUCCAAGACUUGCUCCUGGAAGAGCUGAGUGCGACUGAGACGCUGACCAAGUCAGCCUGCAUGCAGAUUCUGGAAUCACAUAGCCGGGAGCUCCAGGAGCUCGAGAGGAAGCUGGAGGACCAGCUGGCACAGCAGGAGGCAGCCCAGCAGCAGCAGGCCCUGGCGAGCUGGCAGCAGUGGGUGGCCGAUGGGCCCGGGAUUCUGAACGAACCUGGGGAGGCGGAUUCUGAAAGGCAGGUUUCUAUUGUCCUGCAGCAAGCCCUGAGCAGGAGCCAGACGCUACUGGAGCAGCACCAGCAGAGUUUGAGAGAAGAGCAACAGAACAGUGUCGUCCUAGAAGACCUGUUGGAAAACAUGGAGGCGGACACCUUCGCAACCCUGUACAGCCAGGAUGGUGAUGAGAAGGAGCCUUGGGAACUGCAGAGCACCUGUGUGCAAAGCCUCUGGCACGGCCCGGCACACAGAGGACCCUCAAUCAGUGCCAAUGGCAGCAACCACAGCAGUCAUCACGUUUCCCCGUCGAUGUUUUCUGUGGUUUGACAGGCACCCAGAUAUUCUCCUUCUUUUCUAUCUUUAACUAAGUUUAAUAUACAAAAACUAGGUUCCACCAGGAACAAAGUGGGUAAGAGAAAACUGGGCCAGAGCCAUAAAUCAGCGGUAUUGCACCCCACACGACAGCUCUCUGAGUUGAGAUCAGGCAGCCUUUAUUGCACCCCACACGACAGCUCUCUGAGUUGAGGUCAGGCAGCCUUUAUUGCACCCCACACGACAGCUCUCUGAGUUGAGGUCAGGCAGCCUUUCUCAUCCUUGGCCAGCAUUGCAGCGCUCACCUGCCUUCCUGAUACACAGCCCCGAGGCCGUGCGUGGAGCCUUAUGCGGUCAUGUACCUGACUGUCUGCUACUGGUCAGGUUUUAUACGCAUUCUGCAAUGGGCUUCCUGUGCUUCUGGUGUCUGUAAGUAGCAGGAAAUAUGAUUUCAGACAGUGGUGAAUGCAAGCCACAUGACCUUGGAGAGGCGCUUGAGGACACAGUGACGUCAGGGUCAUGUUCUGUGAUUCUUUCCACAGUUCCUUCUCAUAGUUCCAGCUGCCAUAACUUUCAGAGCAACGAAAGAAGUGGAAGAACUGCCACCAAGCCUGCUCUUUCUUAUCAGGGAAACCAGUGCCCCCAGGUCCCUGCAGCAGAUUCCCCUCCCAACCUGAAAGCUGGCCUGCAGGCCCUGCUAGGUGCAGGGGAGGUGCAAGUCACUUACUCCAGCCUCUGAGAAGGGAGUCAGCAGGGGGAGGGGGUUGGGGCACUUUUAGGUGUCCAGCCAGCUACAUCCACAGACACACCCAGCUUCCUGAAUGGAUUCGUUUUUCAUCCAUUUACUGUCACAAAUGACCACAAACAGCAGCUUAUCACAGCUACAAACUUACCUUAUAGUUCUGUAGGUCAGAAAUCCAACAUGGGUUUCUCCAGGCUAAAAUCAAGGUGUUGGCAGAUUUGCCUGCCUUUCGGAUGCUUUAGGGGGAAAAUCUGUUUCCUGCUCACUUAAAUAAUUGGCAGGGCUUGGUCCAUUGUGGUUGUAGGACUGAGGUCCUUGUUUCUUUGCUGGCUGCCAGCCAGGGGAUAUUCCUGGCCUCCGGUGGCACCUACAUUCCUUGGCUCAUGGUCUCCUUUCUUCAUCUUCAAACACAGCAAAAUCGUAUCUCUCUGGCCCUUCUUCUAGCCUCUGUGUUAGGUCAUGUCUCUCUCUGACCUAACACAGAAGGAAGAAUCUCUGCUUUUAAGGAUCCACGUGAUGAUUACGUUGGAACCACCUGGAUAAUCUGAGAUAACCGCUUUCCCACCCCAUCUCCAGGCCCUUCACCUCACUCCCAUCUGCAAAGUACCCUUCCCCUUUAAGGUGACAUUUUCGUAGGUCCCAGGAUGGGAGUGUGGACAUUUUGGAGAGGGGUCAUUAUUCUGCGACUGUACAAAACAAGGUGCCAGCGUUAGCACUGGAGUGACAGUGUCCAAACAGGGCAGGGAGGAGCUGGUGCUUCCCGCACACCUGCCAUGCACUGAGUGCUGUCCUAGGCACUUAGGUCUGUUAUUCAUUUACCCUACAGAAAGAUGGGAAACCGGCAGUAUUAUCCUGUUUUAUGAAUAAAGGGACUGAGGCACAGAGAGGUGGUGAGGGCAUGAGGACUCGCCACUGCUGGUGGGGGGCUCAGGAUUCAGCCCAACCUGGUGCUACACAGACUGUGCUCUUCCUGACUGGCUCUGAAGGGUCUGAAGCAGAUGAGCACCCACUGGCCUGUGUCUUUGCAUAACUGAGCCACUUCCCACUCUCAACUCUGAUUCCCCCACCUUCUUCUUUGUUACUUUGAGACUUCACAGAAAGCUAGUAUCACCAGUGGAAUUUCACCCAGGUUCAUUUCUAGACUGUGGGCCCUUUCCAAUUGUGAACUCUGCAUGCAUCUCAGUCCGCUUCUGCUAUUAUUCAAAAUUCCUAGAUUGGAUGAUUUAUCAAGAAUAGAAAUGCUUGGCUGGGCACGGUGGCUUAUGCCUGUAAUCCCAGCACUUUGGGAGGCCAAGGCGGGCAGAUCGCCUGAGGUUGGGAGUUCGAGACCAGCCUGACCAACAUGGAGAAACCCCGUCUCUGCCAAAAAUACAAAAAAUUAGCUGGGUGUGGUGGCACACACCUGUAAUCCCAGCUACUCUGGAGGCUGAGGUAGGAAAAUCACUUGAACCCAGGAGGCAGAGGUUGCAGUGAGCCGAGAUCGCACGAUUGCACACCAGCCCGGGGAACAAGGGCGAAACUCCGCCUCAAAAAAAAAAAAAAAGAAUUAGCAAUUCUUUAUCAAUCUUCUCACAACUUUGGAGGCUGGAAAGUCCAAAAUUAAGGCACCUGCAGAUGCAGUGUCUGAUGAGGACAGCUCCACUUCCAAGAUGGUGCCUUGUUGCUGUGUCCUCUGGAGGGCAGGAAGACCAUGUGCUUGUGUGGCAGAGGGGAUGGGAAGGCAAAGGGGGCCUAGCUGGUUCUCUGGAGCCCUUCUAUAAGACAUUAAUCCUAUUUUUGAGGGCAGAGCCCUCAUGGGCUCAUCACCUCCCAAAGGCCCCCCUUCCUAAUACAGUGGCACUGGAUUAAGUUUCCACAUGAAUUUUGGAAGAGACACAAAUGCUCAAACCAUAGCGCUCUGCUGAAGAAUUGGCUCCAUGAGGAGUAAAUGCGGCCGCACCGGAAGCUCUGGGAAGCAGGGACCAGGUAGGGUUGUUGUUUUUCUCGGUCCCCAGCUUGGUGCUUUAUAUAGUCUGCCCAGUAAUACAUAGUCAGCUGAAUUUCUUUCUUCCCAACGCCUGUGUAUUAAUGAGUUCUCCAGAGAAACAGAACUGAUAGCAUGUGUCUCUGCAGAGAAAGAGGUUUAUUUAAGGAAUUGGCUCACAUGGUUGUGGAGGCUGGUGAGUCCAGAUUCUGCAGGGUUGGCCUGCAGGCUGGAGACUCAGGAAGGAGAUGCACUUCGAAUCCAAAGGCUGUCUCUGGAAGAAUGAUCUCCUGCUCAGGGCUGGCCGGCCUUUUUGUUCUCUUCAGGCCUUCAACUAAUCGACUGAGGCCAGCCACAUUAUGGCAGGCAAUCUACUUUCCUCAGAGUCCACCAGUUUAAAUAUUAAUCUCAUCCCAAAAUGCCCCCACAGAAACAAGAGGAAUGUUUAACUGAACAUCUGGGCGCAGUGGCCCAGCCAAAUUGCCAUAUCAAAUGAACUACCACACGCAGUCUGGAGGAAGCCCCGUAUUUUGCCAUUUUCUUUUUUGCACCAGAGAAAAGAGUCAUCAGGAAGCUCAGUCCUCCAUCCCCCUUGUGUCCUUCCUCCUCCUGCUGCUCCUUCAUCCUGUGGAGAGGAGCAGGGAGGAAGCGGGGAGAGAGGCUGUCCACUGGCCACUCCGGACCUCGCUGUCACCCUCCUCUGCCUAGAGAGUGUGUCCCUGUGUUGCUUGAUGGUCCAUUUCUUUACAUUUUUUUUUUAAUUUAUUUCAACUGGGGAACAGGUGGUUUUUGGUUACAUGGCUAAGUUCUUUAUUGGUGAUUUCUGAGAUUUUGGUGCACCCACUACCCGAGCAGUGUACACUGUAUCAAUGUGUAGUCUUUUAUCCGUCACUGACCCCCUUCUUCCCCCUGAGAACCAAAAGUCCAUUAUAUCAUUCUUAUGCCUUUACAUCCUCAUAGCUUAGCUCCUCUCGUGAAUAAGAACAUACAAUACAUGGUUUUCCAUUCCGGAGUUACCUCACUUAGAAUAGUGACCUCCAGCUCCAUCUGGGUUGCGGCAGAGGCCAUUAUUUCAUUCCGUGCUGUGGCUCCGUAGUCGUCCGUGGUGUUUAUACAGCACAUUUUCUUUAUCCACUCGGGUGGUGGGCACUCAGGCUGCUUCCAUAUUUUUACAGUUGUGAAUGGUGCUUGUGCAAGUGUCUUUUCCAUACAAUGACUUCUUUUCCUCUGGGUAGAUACCCAGUAAUGGGGUUGCUGGAUCAAAUGGUAGCUGUACUUCCAGUUCUUUAAAGAAUGUCCAUACUGUUUUCCAUAGUGGUUGAACUAGUUGACAUUCCCACCGGCAGUGUAAAAGUGUUCCCUUUUUACCCUUUGUGAUCCAUUUCUGUCUGUAGAUGUGGCAUCAGAUUCAAAGCUCAUGACCCAUGUGGAUGCUUUUUAUGUCACCUCUUUCAGGAAGAUUUGACCCGGUGAACUGAUUUGUCUGGAGGAUUACUGAUCAGGGACCACUGCAGCUGGAAGGGCUGUGUCAAUGGGCUGGUCUAUCCCCACAUUGACUGGUGGGAUCCCAGCUGUAAAGGCUUAGACCCUGCCUCAGGAAGAGGUGAAUCUGCAGGGUGUCUAUGAAGUCACUGUUCAUCCAUCUUGUAUCCAUCAAACAUCUGUUGGUUAUGCUCUCUGUUUCCGGAACUGGGUUAAGUGCUGGAGACAGGGAACCGUGUGUCACUGAGUUCAUCCUAAGAGCCUAGUUCCAGAGGCACACUGGAAAUGGGACAGUUACAGCAGAGCUGGUUCAAACCAAUGUGAGAUCAGAGGAGGGACACCUGGCCCAGAAGGUGGGGUCGGGGAAUAGUAGCGCAGAGUCCAAAAGAAUGCGCUGGAGAGAGACAGAGAGUAGCUUGGGAGAAAUAUGCUCUAGGCAGAAGGAAGCUCAUGGGUAAGGACUCAGUGGCCCUGGAGAGCAACAGCCAGGGAAGGACGAGCAGUUCAGCAUGACAGCAGAGGGAGGCCAUGGACGGGGAGCGUCAGGACAUGGAAGGAGCUCUGGUAUUUGGAACAGCACCUUUCCCUGUGCCUUCAGUGAAAGCACUUUCCAAGGUCAUAGCGACCUCGUGUUUCCAAGCGGUUGAGUCCCUGUCUUUGUUUCUCCUGACCUCUCUGUGGUUCCCGACCCCCGCAGCCCACCCUUCUGAACACGUCCUCUCCUUGGCUUCUGGCACCUGGACUCGUUGCCUGCCACCCCUGGCCACCCCUGCUCAGGCUCCUCGCUGGACACUGCUCCUUCUCACGGCCUUUGGGUGCUGAGCACCCAAUAGCUCUGUCCUUGGGCCUCUUUUCCUCUCCAGCUAUGGGCACUCCCUUGUUAAUGUCAUCUACAUAUUGCUCACUCCUAAUUCCAUCUCCUGAACUUGAGACUUGACCCUCAACUGCCGGCUGCACGCCUCCAUUAGUGCCUCUGUCCAAAUGGAGCUACAGGGAAUGCCAUUCCCGCUCCCACACUUGCUCCCCCAUCUCAGUAAAUGGCAGCUCCCUUUGCCCAGUGAAAGAUUGGUGCCGUCCUUUAUUUCUCUCCUCCUUUCCACAAAAGUUAUUGGCUCUGCCAUUGCUAUGUCUCCAAAGUCUGCUCACCCCUGGCCACCUCCCUGCCCUGCUCUGUCCAAGCUGCCUUCAUCCCUCGCCUGGGAUACUCUUCUUCCUCCACGUCUCUUGUUGCAGAUGGUUCCUUUUCACACACCACCCAACACAACCUUUUAAAAGUGAAAAUCGGCUCGUGCCACUCCUCUGCUUAAGGUUUUACCAGUGCAAAUACAAGGCAAAAUCCUUACCUGGUGAAAAGGCCCUGUGCGAGCUGACCUCCUGUCCUUCUGGCCUUUCUCCAUCCCUGUCCUUGCCCCUUGCUCCCUGCCAGCUUCUCCUCUCGGGGUCUCUGCUCCGGUUUCCCUUCUGCCUGUGUUUGCCCAUGGCUUCCUUAUUCCCUGCUUGCAGGUGGCUGCUCAGAUGUCGCCUCCUCAGAGAAGCCUUCCCUGACCAGCAUCUAAAACACGGGCUGCCCCUACACAUCACCCUCUGUCCCUUUGUCCUGCCUCAUGUUUCAUCCUUGUCCAUCUGUUUUUUUAAUGCCUACAUCUGUCUCUUUGACUUGACUGUAACCCUGGUGAGGGCAGGGACUUUGUUUCACUCGCUGCCCUCACUCCAGUGCCUAGAAGAGCAUCUGGCACCUAGCAGGUCUCCACCUUCAUGUUACGAGUGCAUAAGUGAGUGAAUGCACCAGCGAUGUGCUGUGGCACGCUGCAUAAAGACAUCCAACAAUGACUAUGUCCCGAUCCCUGGGACCUGCGAGUGCGGUCUUACAUAGCAAAAGGGACUUUGAUUUGAUGUGUGAUUAAGUUAAGGAUCUUUAGAUGGGGCAGGGGGACUCCCCUGAAUCAUCCCUGUGUUCUUAGAAGAGGGAGGCAGGAGGGUCAGGGACAGGGGAGAAGGCUGUGUGAUGAUGAUGAUGGAGACGGAGAUCAGAGGGAGGUGAUGAGGAUGGGGGCGGGCACUAGCCCAGGAACACAGGCGGCCUGCAGCAGCUGGAGGAGGCAAAGAGACAGAUCCUCCCCUGGAGCUUCCAGGAGGAACCAGCCCUGCCCGCACCUUGACUUUAGCCCAGUGAGGCUGAUUUCAGACUCUGGUUCUCCGGAACUGUACAUAGAUACAUGUCUGUCAUUUUAUGCCACAAGUUUAUGGUAAUUUGUCACAGCUGCAUAGGAAACUCACAGAUGCCACCGCAGCAGCAACCGGCAUUGGCUGAGUUCCUGCCCUUGGCCAAUCACUGCAUUCAGCUGCUUUGUAAAAUCAAGAUUCCUUCUAGGUGAAGGCAACGGAAAUUCAACUCAAACUGCUUUGAGCAUAAAAGGAGAUGGCUUGAUCCCCUUCUGUCCCCCAGAAGAGCAGGGCUGAGGUUUCGGGGCUCAAGUGGCCAAGGGACCCUCUGAGUCUUUCUGCUUCUCCAUCUCUCUGGUCUGUUUCUUUGUGCUCACUGAUCAGCUUUCUCCACACAGAGGGACACGUGUAGCUGGCAACCCUCAGCUUAUGGUCUUUCAACACCCAGGUGUCCUGACGUUGCUGUGUAAGAUGCCUCUCUCUCUCAGAUUUGCCCGGUAAAACCCCAGGGAAAGUUUCUGAUUGGCAAGUGGCCAGACACCCUGCCCUGUUACUGGGAGAAGUGGUUGGUUUUUGCGUCUUCGCAGCACAGAACAGUUUUACAGGCCCCGGUUCAUUUUGUCUGCACAAAUGUCUUUGCUGUAGGUAUUACUGUGACCCCUACUUUUGAGACAAGGUCCCACUCUGUCACCCAGGCUGGAGUGCCGUGACGCAAUCAUGAUUCACUGCAGCCUUGACCUCCCAGGCUCAAAUGAUCCUCCUGCCUCAGCCUCCCAAAGUGCUGGAUUACAGGUGUGAGCCACUAUGCCUGGCCAAAACCUUUAACUUUGAAAUUAUUUUAGAUUCACAAGAAGAUUAACAAGAAGUUACAGAGCUAAUUUAUAUAAACGAAUGGAUAAAACAGCCAGUUAACAUCAAAUGGCAGUAACCCUAAAUUUAAGUCGACUAAAUCCCUCAAUCAAAAGAUACAGCUAAAACCUAACGGUAUGCUACAUCCAGAUCCAUUUCACAUCCAAAGAUACACAAAGACUCAAAGAAAGGGAUAGAGAAAGACUUACCAACCAAAUGGAGAGCAAAAAUAAAUAAAUAAGUAAAAAGCAGGAGUUGCAAUUCUCGCAUCUGAUAAAAUAGAUUUCAAAGCAACAAAGAUAUAGUGGUAAAAGGAUCAGUGCAACAAUAAGAGCUAACGAUCCUAACACCCAGAUGCAUAAGACCCAUAAAGAGAUUUAGACUCAACCAGACAGAAAAUUGAUGAGGAAACCAGGACUUGAACUCAGAUCCGGAACAAGUAAACUUAAUAAAUAUUUAUAGAGCUCUCCAUUUUAAAUACACAAAAUAUACAUUCUCCACUUUAAAUACACAAAAUAUUGAUCGGCCAUUAUUAAUACCCAUUUUUAGAAUAAAGCAAUAUUCCUGUUCUCUCUUCCUCUUUUUCUUCCUCUUUCUUUCUCUCCUUCACUCCUAUUUUUCUCUUUCUUUUCUUCUUUCCUUUCUAAAGAAAAAAAAAAGAAGUUACAGAGCUAGUAUAAAGUUUCAGGACCCUGCCCCCCAUUUUCCCUCAGUUUCCCUCAGUGCUUCCUGUCAGACAGCAUCAGAACCAGGAAGUUGACGUUGAUAUGAAAUGUAUGUAUAGUUCUCUGUCAUUUGAGCUCAUGUACAUUCAUGUAACCAGCACCACCACCAUCAAGACACAGAGCUGCCAACCACCGCAAAGACCACCUGUGCUGCCCCUUGAUGGUCACGCCCCCUCCCCAGCCCCACCCCGGCAACCACUUCUACUCUCCAGCUCCAAGUGUCAUCACGCCGGUGUGGCUACAUGCGUGGAAUCAUGCAGCAUGUGACCUUUGGAGACUGGCUCUUUCCCCUCGGCUUAAUGCCCCUGGGAUGCUUCCAGUUCUUUCUUUUGACUGCAGAGUAGUAUCUUGCGGCAUGGAUGUAGCACAGUGUCUUUAAUCGUCCACUGGUUCCGAGACACUUCUGUUGUUUCCAGAGCCUGCACUGAUUGCCUGGUGCCUAAUGGCUUCAUGGAAUGUGAGGAGGAGGAGAGAGCACAUUCAUGAUGAAUCUCCCUGCUGCACCCUGGGGCUUUUGCUGUAGGGAUCUGGGAACUGCCCCAGUGACUUGAGAGCAGCUGGACAGGAUGGAUGGAGGCUUUGGAAGCAACCCGGGAGCCAAGGUUGCUGACCAAAUAGAUUUUUUUGAUAGCUCCGAAAGUUCAGGAACAUGUGUUCCAGACUCAGCUACUGAAAUAUUUAUCACUCCAGGACAGAAUGUCCUCAGACUGUGAUCAUGAAAAAGGGUGGUUCAAUGUAAGGGGUGGCGAGGGUCUGAGCUCCC